AUGGGGGAAGAUAAAGACAAGCCCAAUGAUAUUAGGGACCAGUUGUCUGACAUCCAGAAUAGAUUAUUCAGUUUGGGGUCUAAGACAAAAUCACCCCAAAAGAAAUUAAGUAGUCCUAAAAUCAAUGAAAGAGAUAGAAUAGAUCAUGGACUAGAACAAAGAGAUCAUAGAGACAAAAGAUCACCAAGACCUAAUCUUGAUACCAGUUUGAUGCCUUCCACCCCUUCUUUAGGACCCGAAGCUAAAGGUAAUGAUAUGAACUAUGUUGUGGGAUUAAGUCAGAAUUUAGUUUCGGAGUGUAGAAGAUUAAAUGGUGAAAAUCAAAAAUUGAAAACUAGAUUGAAAGCUGGUAAUGAAGAAAUGGAUAAUUUAAAACAACAAAUUUUAAUGUUACAGAGUAGAAGAGAAGCUCAAGUUAAUAAUGAGAGUGAUUUGAAAGAUAAAAAUUGGGAAUUAGAAUCGAAAAUUUUGGUUUUGAAUGAAAAGAUUCAAGAAAUAUCCGUUUCUAAAGAUAAAUUAGUAUCUUUAACCAAAGACCAAGAUUUGAAAAUAAGCAAUUAUCAAAAGAUAAACGAAGACCUUCAAGUUAAAUAUAAUAAUUAUUUCGCUACCAAUGAAAAAUUGAAGGCCAAUCAUAAUAAAGAAUUAACAUUAUUGAAUGACAGAAUCCAAGAAUUGAAUGAUGAAAAUGAUCAAUUGACUGAAAAACUUAAUAGUAAGACCAUUUCUAAAGACGAAGAUGACAUUAGAAUGUUAGAGCCACCUAGAUUGAUACCUCAAGCCAUUGAAGAAGGUGAUGAUGACGAAGAAAUUGAUUUUGAUAGUUUAAUGGUGGAUACUAAUCCUCAUGAAAUUUCUAAUAUCGAAGGUAAUAAUCCUGCAUUGGAAAUAGAAACUUUGAAAGCAUCUUUAAUUCAUUCCAAUCAAACUAUUGCUAAAUUAAGAUCGAGUUUAUUGAAGUAUAAAGCUGAAAUAACUAAAGAAUCACCUAAUAAGAAAGGAGGUAAGAAAUUGAAAACCAAAGAACUUGCAUCUAACAGGAACUCAACUUUGCUUUCAUCAAUUUCACCAUCAAAAAGGAAUUCAGCUUCAAUUUCACCAUCAAAGAGAAAUUCCAAAUUCAUGGUUUUAGAUAAUGAAAGUCAAGAAUUUCCAACUGAAGAUGGUCAAUGGGAAGAUUUUAUUGGUGAUGAUUUAGAUCCUUCAAAAUCCAAGAGAUUCUCCAUGAUUAAUAGUACUACAAUCAAUGAUUCAGAAGAUUCUCCAAAACAUCAUAAAGAAGUUAAUAUGGUACAAGCUACAGGUGAUCACACUAUGCCUUAUUUGAUUCAAUCAGAUUCCGAUUCUGAUGGUGAUGAUACCGCAGCUGCCAAAUCUAUUUUAUCAAGAGAUUUAUUGGAUACCGAAGUUCAACCAAAGAAACAAAUUGAAGAUUAUGCUAGAGAUAAUAAUUUAAUUUUAAUACCUUUUGAAAAAUAUGAAGAGUUAUUAUCUAAUGAUGUUGGAUCAAUCAGUGAUGAGAAAUUCAAAGAUUUAGCUAAAUCCAAAGGAUAUUUGGCUCUCACCACCAAAGAAGUUGAUUUACUUAAUGAUGAAUUAGAAAUGAAGAAGAAAUUACAAUCAAAAGGAUUAGUUACCAUCGAUCAACAACACUAUGAAAGUUUGAAAUCAACUCAAAAGGAAAAUGAAUCAUUGAAACUGAUUAAAGAAUCUUAUGAAUCACCUUCUUUAGAUUAUCUUCAACAAUCAUGUGAUGGAAUGGGAUAUAAAGCAAUUAAAAUCCAAGAAUUCGAAGACAUGACUGAUCUUAUACAAGAUCCUUCCGAACAUUAUUUGAUUGAAAAUUGUAAACGGAAAAACCUUGUUGCCAUUUCUAAUGAUAAGUUUAAACAUUUCACUAAGAUUGAAAUCGAUCAUGAUAAACCUUCAAUUGAAUAUAUCAAAACUCAAGCCAAUAAUCUUGGAUUGAUUGUUGCAUCAUCAACAGUUUAUGACCAAUUAACUAAGAAUGCUAACACUCCAUCCAUUGAACACUUAUCAUCAAAAGCUAAAGAUCUUAAUAUGGUUGUAAUUGAUGAGAAUCAUCAUAAGAAACUUUUAAAUCCUCAAUUACCAGAUUUAGUCAACCAUGCUGAUAAUCAUGACCAUAAGUUAAUAACCAACGAUAAGUACAAAGAAUUAAACCAAUUAGCUAAUGAACCAUCUAUUGAUCAUUUACGUAACAAAUUAAUUACUCAUAAACAUACCAUGUUACCAUUAGAUGACUAUGAUAAAUUAGUAGAAUCAUCAGAAAGACCAUCAGUUGAACAAAUCACUGAAAGAGCUAAGAAUUUAGGAUAUUCAAUUAUUAAAAUCAAAGAAUUACAAGAUUUGGAAAAAUCAGCUAAAGAUCCAAGUCUUAAUCAAAUAAAAGUUCAAGCUGAAAAAUUGGGUUUGGUGACAUUACCACGUAAAGAUUAUACUGAAUUGUAUAGGUCAGCUCAUGAUCCAAGUAUUGAAGAAUUAGAAACUAAGAUUAAAUCCAAAGGAUUUGAAGUCAUUAAUACCCAAGAGUUAGAAAGAUUAACUCACUUAGAAGCUGACCCUUCAUUAGACUUCAUCAAAUCUAAGAUUCCAACUUCCCAUAAACUCUUAACUGUAGAGAAAUUGGAUCAAUUGAAUUCAGCCAUUGACAAACCAAGUGUUGAUUAUUUGAAAGAUAAAGCCAAUGAUUUAGAAUUUGAUUUGAUAUCACAAGAAGACCAUCAACAAUUAUUGAAAACAGCUCAUGAUCCCGAAUUAGAUCAUUUGGUCAAAUUGGCUAAUGGUAAAGAUCAUACCCUAAUAACUUCAGAAUCUCAUAGAGAUUUACUUCAAACUGUAAAUAGUCCUUCCUUUGACCAUGUUGAAUCCAAGGCCAAAUCUCUUGGUUAUUCAGUAAUUGAACAAGAUAAAUUGAAUCAAUUACAGAAAGAUUUGGAUUCUCCUACCAAAGAAUAUCUUCAACUUAAAGCUACUAAAUUCGAUUGUUUGUUGAUUGAUGAUUCAAGUUAUAAUGAAUUGAAGAGAAAGGUUGAACAACCAACAAUUGAAGAAUUAACUUCACUGGCUGAAAAACUCGGUUAUGUGACUGUGGAUUCCCAAAAAUUCAAUAAACUCACCAAAGAUGCCAAUACUCCUUCGGUAGACCACUUACAUGAUAAAUCUAAAGCUCAUGGUAUGGUUUUGGUAGACGAAAAGGAACAUCAAAACUUAAGAGCUUUAGCCCAUGAACCUGAUCAUGACCAUAUUAAAUCUGUUGCUGAGAAGUUGGGUCUUGUAACUAUUGGAGCUGGUGCCCACAAGUUAUUGAGUGAUCAAGCCGAGAAUCCUUCGUUAGAUAAGGUCAAGGAUAUUGCUGGUCAACACGGUUUAACUACAUUAUCCAAAGAUGAACACAUGAAAUUGGUCGAAACCCACGCUAAACCAUCUUUAGAUCAUUUAGUUGAAAAAGCUAAACUUCACAAACAUAUAGUGGUGCCAGAAGACGAAUAUGAAACCAUCACCGCCAUGGCCACUACCCCAUCAAUCGAUCAUUUGUCCGAAAAAGCUAAAAACCAUGAUCAUGUGGUUAUACCUGUUAACGAAUAUGAGGAUAUUACCACCAUGGCUAAAUCUCCAUCUUUAGAUCAUCUUAAGUCUAAGAGUAAAGAUUUAGAUCACGUGAUCAUACCUGUAUCUGACUUCAAGAGUCUUUCUGAGAAUGCUAAUUCUCCUUCAAUUGAUCAUAUCAAAUCAAAGAUUGAUGCUUUAGGACAUGUGGUUGUUCCUUCUGAUGAAUAUGAGAAAACUUCCAAAUUGGCCAAUGAACCAUCCGUUGAGCAUCUUAAAUCAAAGAGUGAAGCUUUGGAUCAUGUGUUAAUACCAUCCAAAGAAUAUAAUGAACUUUCAUCUACUGCUAACGAACCAUCUUUAGAUCACAUCAAAUCGAAAGUAGGAUCAUUGGGUCAUGUUGUGAUACCGAAAGAAGACUACGAAGAUAUUUCAUCCAAUGCCAACCAACCAUCUUUGGACCACAUUAAGUCCAAGGUCGAUGCUUUGGAUCAUGUUGUUGUUCCAAAAGACGAGUUCCAUACUAUCAGAAAGAAUGCUGAAGAACCGACGAUCGAUCACAUUAAGUCCAAGGUCGAUGCUUUGAAUCAUGCUGUUGUUCCAAAAGACGAGUUACUUACCAUCAGAAAGAAUGCUGAACACCCAACGAUCGAUCACAUCAAAUCUAAGGUAACUUCAUUGAAUCAUGUAGUGGUUCCAGUUGAAGAAUAUCAUGAAAUCACUCAAAAAGCUCAUGAACCUUCAAUUGAACAUAUAAAAACUAAAGUUCAAGCUUUAGAUCACGUAGUGGUACCCACAGAAGAUCACAAUACUCUCCAGAAACUUGCCCAUGAACCUACCAUUGAUCACGUGAAAUCUAAGUUACAAGCCUUGGAUCAUGUGGCUGUCAAGUCAGACGAUUACAACCAACUUCUCAAACUGGCUAAUGAACCAUCAUUGGAUAUGAUUGCCAAACAUGCUGAAAACAACAACCAUUUGAUCUUAUCUAACGAUGAAUACAAGAAACUCGAUGUGUUAGCUAAUAAACCGCCAUUGGACCACAUCAUGACCCACGGAAAAACCCAUGAUCAUGUUGUCAUUCCUUCAAAUGAAUACGAAACCUUGGAAUCCAAAGCUAAUAAGCCAAGUAAAUCUCACAUUACAGCAGCCGCUACUGCUUUAGGUUUAACUACUUUAGGUUUAAGUGAAUACGAUCAUCUUAAAUCUCGUGCUGAAAAGCCCGACAUCGAUCAUGUUAGCUCCAAGGCAAAAGAUUUGGGCUUCUCCGUUAUUGAGAAAGAUCAACUUCAACAGUUACAAUCCACUGUACAAAAUCCUCAUAUCGACCAUAUCAAAGAGAAAGCCAAGGCUCAAGGAUAUUCUGUGUUACAAGAAUCUGAAUUGAACAACUUGACGGCUCUUGCAGAAAAUCCAUCUCAUGAACAUGUGAAAUCAAAGGCCGAACUUCUUGGUUUGGUCACUUUACCUAAGGAAGAAUUAAAGACAUUGAAGAAUCCAUCUAUUGAUGCUAUCCAUUCUCAUGCUUCCGAGCAUGGUCAUAUCGUGUUACCUCAAUCUGACCAUGAAAGCUUGUUAAAUCCUUCAAAAGAUCAAAUUGUAUCAUUGGCAUCACGUCAUAACAGUUCUUUGGUUGAUAAUGAGAAGCUUGAUCAAUUGAAGUCAAUCAAUGAAAAACCAUCCAAGGAAUUCUUAACUACCAAGGGUAAAGCUCGUGGAUUAGUAGUGAUUGAAGAAUCAGAUCAUAAGAAAUUAUUAUCAGAAGCUAACGACUUCACCCCUGAAAAGGUUAUUGCUAAAGCUAAAGAACUUGAUAUGAUAGCCUUACCUAAACACAAAUAUGAAUCCAUGGUUGAAAAUAUCGAUAAACCAGGUAAGGAAUAUUUGAGUGAAAAGUCAGCUGCUUUAGGAUUGACUUUAAUAGGAACAAGUGAAUUAUCAAGUUUGAUGGAAAAAUUAGAAUCCCCUUCAUUAGAAUAUUUGACCACCAAAGCUAAAAGCUUUGAUCUUGUUCUUAUCAAGGACAGUGAAUUAGAUGAACUCAAGAAUCAAAUUUCUUCCCCAUCUAAGGAUUACAUCAACAAGCAUGCUGGUGCUUUGGGAUUAUCAGUAUUAGCAGUCGGAGCAUUGAAAUCAUUGACUUCAAAAGCGGAAACUCCUGAUUUAGAUCAUAUAAAGAAACAUGCUGAUUUGAAUGGUCAAAUAUUGGUUAGAAAAGAAGAUUAUACCUCAAUGACCAAUAAACUUGAACAUCCAUCUUUGGAAUAUUUGAAAUCUCAUGCUGCUGCUUUGGACUACACUUUAACUUCACUCGAAGAGUAUGAAAAAUUAUCUUCUAUCUUCUCAUCUCCUACUAGAGAACAUUUAGAAGAAAAAGCUGAAAACAGUGGUCUUGUAGUUGUUCCAAAAGAAGAUUAUAAUGAUUUGAAAGAACAAUUCAAGAACCCUAGUGUUGAUUAUUUGAAGGAUAAUGCUAAGAAGAAUGAUAUGGUUUUGAUUGCCCACAAAGAUUACGAUCAAUUGCAACAAUCUAUUGACCAACCUGAUGUCAAAUAUUUGACCUCUAAAGCUACACAACUAGGUUUUUCUUUGAUUGAAGUCAAUGAACUUGAAAAGCUUAAUGAUUCGAUCAAUUCUCCAACAAAGGAAUUCCUUGAAUCCAAGGCUGCUAAGUAUCAUGAAACAUUAAUAAGUACCAAAUCUUUGGAAUCUUUGAAAGCUCAAAUCGAAACCCCUUCAAAAGUAUAUCUUGAAGAGAAGAGUAAAGCCCAAGGGUUGGUUUUGGUUGAAGAUGCCCACCUUAAAGAUCUUGUAAGUAAAGCAGAAACUCCUGAUUUAGACCAUUUGAAGACCAAAGCUAAACAUCAUGAAUCUUUAGUUGUUUCUGAAUCCGAUUAUGAUAAGUUGAUGCAACCUUCAAAAGAAGACUUGGAAGUCUCAGCACGUAAAUUAGGACUUUUAACCGUACCUAAGGCUGACUACGAGGAGUUGAAUUUCAAACUCGAACAACCAUCAUUAGAAUACUUGACUGAGAAAUCAGCUGAUCUUGAACAUGCUUUGGUUCCUAGUAACAAAUUGAAAGAAUUUGAACGUUUGUCAACUAAACCUACUAAAGAUGAUUUGAUGAAGCUCGGUGGUAUCAUUGGUGUUACUGCUAUAGCCUCUAAUGAAUUGAAAGAGUUGAAAGAAACUGCUCAUUCCCCAUCUUUGGAUCAUAUCACAUCUAAAGCUGAAAAACAUGGAGUUGUAGUUAUCCCAUCAUCUGAACAUGAUUCUAUGAAGAAGGAAUUAUCUAAGUCUGUUCACGAUAAAGCUGCAGAAUCUGGAUUGGUUGCUAUUCCUGUCAAGGAACAUGAAGAUAUGAAAGUCGAAUUAGCCCGAACCAUUGAAGACAAAGCUGCGGAAUCUGGAUUGGUAACUAUUCCAAUCGAUGAACAUAAAUCCAUGAAAUCUGAAUUAGCUAAAUCCAUUCAUGAUAAAGCUACAGAAUCAGGACUUGUGGUUCUUGACCAACAGACCCAUGAUGGUAUGAAGAUGGAAUUAGCCAAGUCAGUUCACGAUAAGGCUAAGGAAUCAGGAUUGAUAGCAUUGCCGGUUGAAGACCACGAAGCCAUGAAGAUGGAAUUAGCUAAAUCUAUUCAUGAUAAGGCCAAAGAAUCAGGCAUGAUAGCUUUACCAGUCGAAGAUCACGAAAUUAUGAAACUGGAGUUGGCCAAAUCUAUCCACGAUAAAGCUAAAGAAUCCGGUUUAGUGACUUUACCAGUAGAGGACCAUGAGACUAUGAAAGCUGAAUUAGCCAAGUCCAUCCAUGAUAGGGCCAAAGAAUCAGAUUUGGUGGUUAUCCCAAGCAAAGAUCAUGAAUCAAUGAAAGCUGAAUUAUCCAGAUCAAUUCAUGAUAAAGCUAAAGAUGCAGGUUUAAUAGCUAUUGGUAUUGAAGACCACGAAUCUAUGAAAGCAGAAUUGUCCAAAUCAAUCCAUGACAAAGCCAAAGAAUCAGGAAUGAUUGCAUUACCUCUUGAAGAGCACGGUAAAAUGAUGAAGAAGAUUUCUGAACCAACAUUAGAUGACUUACAUUCCCAUGUCAAAAACCAUGAUCAUGUAAUUGUUCCAAAUGAUGAUUUCAAGAAAUUAAACUACCAAGCUAACAAAUCUAUUAACGAUUUAGCAGCUGAAGGAAACAUGAAAGUGUUGAGUAAAGAUGAAUAUGAUGAUUUGGUCAAGAAAGUUGAUUCUCCUGAUCACAGCCAUUUAUCCUCUAAAGCUACAGCCUUGGGUAUGUCUAUUAUCGGUGCUGGAGAAUUGCUUAAGUUGAAGAAUUAUAAAUCAACUCCAAUCGAUGAUUUAGCCAAAGAACAAGGUAAAGUAUUGGUCUCCAAAGAUGAAUACAACGAAUUGAAAUCUUUAUCCCAAGCUCCAGAUUUGGAUCACGUGAUAACCAAGGCUGCGGAUCAUGGCCAUAGUGUUAUUGCCCAUGAUGAUUUGAAAGAAUUGACUCAACCAUCAGUUGAACGUAUUAGAUCGUUAGCUUCAGAUUCUGGUCAUAGUGUCAUUGCUAAAGACGAUUUGAAACAACUUGAGGAAGAUUUGAAACAACUCAAAGUUCAAGCCAAUGAACCUAUCGAAGACAAAGCCACUAAAUUGGGUAAAGUUGUGGUUGAUAAACAAGAGUUUGAGGAUUUAUCUACCAAAGUUAAUGAAUUACAAACCAAAUUAGAUCAACCUGAUCUCGAUUAUGUUAAAUCUAAAGCCGUGGGCCAUACUGUGGUCCCAACUACAGACUAUAAUGCAUUGGUAUUGAAAUCAGAAAGUUUAGAUAGGCAAGUGGCUCAACCAGAUUUGGAAUAUCUUAAAUCUAAAGUUGGCAGCCAUGACCAUGUGUUGAUUCAUAAGGAUGAUCACGAGGAGUUGAAUAAAUCUUUAGAUACAAAGGCAAAAGAAUCCGGAAGUGUGGUUAUUCCUCAAGAAAAAUAUGACGAGCUCAUUGAGUUGGAAAUUUCAACCAAGGAUAAACAUAUUCUUGACAAAUCCCAAUAUGAUUCGUUGUUGAACCCUGACGAGGAUACCCUUAGAAAACAUGCUUCUACUAAUGGUUUAGUUAUGGUAACACAUGAUGAAUAUGAUACUAUGAAGGCAGAUUUAAACGAAUCGUUAGAAUCCAAAGCUGAUAAACAUGGAUCUGUGUUAAUCAGUAAAGAAGAUCACGAAAAAUUAGUAUCACCUUCUAAAGAACAAUUGAUGGCUCAUUCCAAAGCCUUGGGUCAUGUUCUUGUCCCAUUAGAAGACCAUAAGAAGAAUUCCACCCCUAUUGAGGAAAGAGCCAGAAAUCUUGGAAUGGUAAUGAUUUCAGCUAAUGAAUUAUCAGCCUUGAAAGCUAAGGUGAAGAGUCCUGAUGUCGAAGAUAUCAGAAGUAAAUUACCUUCUCAUACAAUCAUCACUAACGAAGAACAUGAAGAAUUGACCAAAUCUCUUGAAACCAAAGCUCAUGAUAAUGGUAUGAAAUUAGUACCAGUUGAAGAAUACAGUCAAUUGGUCAAACCAUUAGAAGUACGUGCUGAAGAGAAGGGAGUUAAAUUGGUAACCCAAGAAGAAUAUGAUAAACUCAUUGUUGAUUCCACCAUGCCUAGUGUUGAGUUUAUCCGUAGUAAAGCCAAGGAUAACGGCAUGGAGGUCAUUCCAAGUGAAGAAUUACAAGAAUUGCACACUUUAUCUUCUAAAUCUUUAGCUGAAAGAGCGGGUGAUGAAGGAUUGAUGGUGAUUUCCCGAGAUGAAUAUGAUUCUCCAAGUUUACAAUACUUAUUGGAUUGUGCCAGUAAACAACAUAUGGAAAUGGUACCGUUGAUUGAAUUCAACGAUUUAACCAAUCGUGCCAAUGAAUCCUUAGAGAGUAAAUUGGAUAAAGCAGGUAAGAUUGCCAUUGAUAAAGAUGAAUAUAAGAAGUAUAAACGAGGAAGUAUUGAUGACCUUCUUAAUGGAGAUGAAGGUACUAAGAGUUCAUUGAAAUCUUUGAUAGAAACUUCUAUGGGAAUAAGAAUGUUAAGUAAUGAAGAAUUUGAUAAAGAAAAGAAAUCAGCUUCAGAAACAAUUGGUCAAAGUAUAAGAGCCAACAGAAGAGCUUCAAGAGAUGUUUCAUUAUACAGUGGAGAAAAUUUCGUUGAUGCUGAAGAUUCUUUCUUAUUAGAUGAAGAGGAAUUAGCUAUGAGUGCUGCAAGAAUUGGUAUGGUUGCUAUCAAACAUGAUGAAUAUAUCAAGUUAUUAUCAGUUGAUGAACAAGAUAUCAAAGAAUAUGCUCAAGAGCGUGAUCUUGAGAUCUUAAGUAAGAAUGAUCUUAUCAAACUUAAACAACAAUUGAGUGAAAAGGAUGAUAAGAUCUUUGAAUUAUCGAAUCAAGCGGUGGAACUCAAUAAGGAAACCAUAUCCAUGAAAGGUAGAGAAUUAGGAUUAAUCUUUAUUGAAGGAGAUGAAUAUGAAUCCUUACGUUCUAAAUCUAUUGAUAAUGUAACUGGUGAUCAAAUUGAUACUUUAGCUGAGAAAUUCGGUUUAAUUACCAUGUCUAAGUCUCAAUAUGAUGCUUUCAAACAGAAUAAUGAUAUUUUAUCUGAUCCAGAGAAAUUCUUCAAAUUUGGUGGUAGUUUGGGUUACCUUGUAUUACCAGCAACUGCUUUCAUUGCUACUACAGCUUUAAGAGAACCUGAACCACUGAAAAUAUCAGCUAUUCCAACGUCUUAUUACAAUAAGUUAUUAAGAAAUGAAACACUUAAUGUUGAAAAGAUGGCUGAUGAUGUGUUUAAGGCCCAUGCUGAAAAGAGAGGUUUCAAACAUGAAAACGAUAUCAUUACUUCAGCUCCUGUUACCGAUUCCGAAUCCGAUUUCAAAGAUAGUCCCGAAAUUGCCAAUGUAGCUAAAUUCGUUGCUCCUAGAAAUUCUGUUAAAUCAACCCCUGCUAUGACAAGAUCUAAUUUAUCCAUUCAUUCAAAUGCUCAUAGUUUUGCUGAUACUUUGAAUACUACCGGUAUCUUGUCAUUAGCUACUAAUGUAUCAUUGACUGAUAGAUCAAUGAUCCCCGCCAUUGCUCAAGUAGUUAUUGGGGAAUUUGUUUGGAAAUACCAUCGUAAAUUGGGACCUUUCUCAUCUAUUGGAGAUCUGAGACAUGAAAGAUAUUUCUGGGUUCAUCCAUAUUCUUUAACCCUUUAUUGGUCAACCGUUAACCCUUCAAUGUCCAACCCAAGUGAAGUUAAAACCAAAGCUGCUGCUAUUGUUAGUGUUGAAAGUGUUGAAGAUAAUAAUCCUUUACCUCCAGGAAUUUAUCACAAGAGUAUUAUUGUUCAUUCUCAAACUAAAUCCAUCAAGUUUACUUGUGCCAACAGAAGGAGACAUAAUGUUUGGUUUAAUGCUUUGAGAUAUAUGAUCAAUAGAGAUUUAAGUGAAAUGUCCUAUGAUCAUGAGGAUUUCUUUGACGAAAGAGAUGAAGAUGAAGGUGAAAGUUUGAAUGAUAAUAUUGAUCUUUUAAGUGAAAGAAGAACUCAACCAAGAAAGAGAGUCAGUUCAACACCUUCUCAAAUGUUUAGACAAAGAUCAAGUAUAAGAAUGAGUAGAUUUAAUUCUUUAAAGAGAUAA